UGAGCAUAUCGAUAGGUCUGGCUGAACCGCCAUCAAACAAGCGAUACUAUCGCAACAUCUAUCCGGCGAAAAUUCUUCGCCAAAGAAAUUUGUUUUAAGCGCCAAUGAGCGAAGCCAGUAUCACGGAGAACUUGCAGGAGCUGAUCCGGCAGCUGUCGCCGGCCGAGGCGACUAGCCGGGAGCUGCAGCAGAGCGAGCAGAUGGCCUCGAAAACAAUCCGGAACCAUCGCUACCUGAUCACCAACAGCCACGAAGUGAGCCGCAACUUGGACGGUCUAGUGGAACGGUUGAGGGUGGAGGACAUGCCCGCCUUCGGGGACGCUAUUAGGGAGCUAAGUGCCAAGGUGCUGGAGCAGCCCGAGGGGCAAGACCAUAACAGCCAGAACAUGCAGUGGUCCCUGCUGGACUUCCUGCUCAGCUUGACCUACGAGCCCAUUCAGAAUAUCCGAAGGAACUGGGUACUGAUGAACCAGCACCGGGAGUCUGCAAUUGCUGCCCUAGAGGUGGCCGAGAGUAGGAGCAGCAACAAGCACGCAGCAACCGCAGACAAUGAUCCGAUUGACAUGGAGGUGGAUUGGGCGUCGUUGCUUAAGGAAGACUUCAUUCAGCCAGCCCAAUCGCUGGGCGGCAGUUCGGACAGCCUGAGUGAAUGGUCGGAAGACGAAAGCGAUCCUGUCGAAAUCGGAGUAUUGGAGAGCGAUACCAGGCCGAAUAUAGCUACGGUGUACGAACAAGCAAUGCAGGCGGCGAUUUCCAGCAGUACCUCCGCACCCCUCCACUUGCCACCGGGGAAAGUGGACAGACCUACCGGCAGCAAUUUUCGCAUCAUUCAGCCUGUGGUUUUCGGCGAAGGGAACCGCCAAGGGACGGACCUCCGUCGAAAUAAAUUGCCCCAGCUGGCACCACCGCUGCCUCCAAUGGCGGCCAGCCCGUACGAAGAGAGUGUGCUGGAUGAGAAACUGCUGCCGCGGACCAUCCAUGCCUCUUGGUGGCGCCAGAAUGUGCGGAGCUUUGCCCUGCCUGCGGACGCCGAUCACCUGGAGAACUUUGCGGUGAGCUAUGUCCAGUUUGUGAAUUUUAAAACCCUCGGCCUGAUGGAACUCCGGCCACCGAACACCGUUACGGAGGCUUGCCUGCUGCGGGAGAUCCUGUUCAUGUUCGUUCGGCCGGCGACUUGCGGAUUUUUCGACUUUGACAAGGAGACGCGAUGCAUCCAGGUGCUCGGAAAUAUCAGCGUCCACACGGUGACUGCGGACACUCUUAAAGGUUUUUUGGAGGCCAACGUGGUGCCUGCACUGGAAGACAUGCUAAAGCUGCGACACAUCAUCGAUGAGCACACUCUGUUCUCCCACGACUCCAGCACGGGCACCCUAGAGUGCUUUGCCUAUGGCCUGCGAGAUCUGGUUCAGCCCAUUUCUCAACUCCUGGUCGAAUACGAAGAUCGGGAGAGCGAGGCAAGCCUGAUAAGCUUUGUGGCCGAGUUUAGGCAACACUUCAGGCGACUUCACUUGCUCCGUAGUCUGGCGGAAGAUGCGAUUUUGGGCGAGGGACCCCCGCACUUGCGCACCUCUUACUUACUCUCCCGUCUCUAUAGACAAACGCAGCCCCAUGUGCCGCACCAGAAGCUGGCCACGGCGUUGCUCCUGGUCUCCUUGAAGCGCUACUGCAGCAUAAUCGAUGCCUGGUGGCGUCGGGCCACGCUCGAGGACCGCCAGAAUGAGUUCGUUGUGGAGAGGUGUGAGCCAGGGGACUCGAAUGGAUAUGUGCGCAGGCGUUCGGUGUCUUCCGAAGAAAGUCCGACGGUCUUAGAAAGCUUAAAGAAGCUGCGUCACUGUCCGUUCUAUCAGAUAUUGCUGGAGCAUGCCUUGGAGUCGGGAGACACACAGGAUCUGUUGGCCAAUGUGAAUCUGCUGGGCGAGAUGCUGGCCAACAGCAAUGAGAGUCAGCCUCGAUCUUUGUACGAUGAACUGGCUGCCCAGUUGUUGACGCAGGUGAGGAUCUACUGCGGAGAAGGUAGACUUCCCGAGGAGGGGAAGGAGAAGGAAGAGGAGGAACAGCAGAAGGAAAAGGAUGAAACGGCGAAGGCUGAACAGAUGGCGGAUGAGCUACUGCUGAGCAGUGUCCAGGGCAUUCGGAACUUGGACCUUCUGCACAUAUUCACGCGUCCAGCAAGAGAGCGUCUUUUAGAGAGCCAGGAGCGCCAUAGAUCUCCUCCUUCCAGUGUCCAGGUGAGGGAAGUACUGUCCCAGCUGGAGGACUCCACCUGCCUGCAGCUCAAGGCUGAGCUGCCGGACGCCCUGCGCGAGAUCCUGCUACGCCGCCAGAGCCUGGCCAAUGAGUAUGCGAUGCGGGCGUAUUGCGAGGUCCUCCACUUAGGCGAAACCAUUAGCUUCCUGCGACACACCAUGCUCCUGGAGGCCUACUAUCUGCUUUUUCCCUUCUACAACACACUCUUCGUUCGCAUCGAGACGGAGUCUGGUUGGGCUCGGGAAGCCCAGCUCAGUUCGGAUCUCUACGAGGCCCUGUCGUCCGCCUACCCUCAGUGCGCGGGCCAGCUGCACGUGCAGGUCAUCUCCCAGGUGGCUUGCCAAUCGCACAAUGCCUACGAGGCGUUGGAGGCCCUGGAGCUGGUCUACGACAUGCCGGUGGCCCUGCAGCGCAUUGUCACUGAGCGCCACAUGCAGUCCUACAAUGCGGUGUGGCGGCUGAUGUUGAAGGUCAAAUGGGCGGUGUGGAAGCUGGAGAAUCUCGCCUUCCUGAGGCGUCCCAAAACCGAGGCCUAUGCUCCGUUGGACCUCCACGACCUGACCAUACGACGCCUGGAGAUCCUGCGCUUCUGGCUGAUUUACCUCACCGACAGCCUUCACAGCCACAUCAUGGGCGCGUUGGCAGUGAAGUUCGAGCGGCGGAUUUCCGGAUGCAAGAACAUCCGGGAGCUGAGCGUCCAGCACGAUGAUUAUGUCACCAGGCUGCUGACCCGCUGCCUGCUAACCGAAGACUUUGUUCCCUUCCGGGUGGCCCUCGAGCAACUCUUCUACUUGGUGUUCGUGCUGCACAUGGAGUGGACAGCCUGUGCCAGGCAUCUCGGCGACAACGAUGCCCUCAGCCUGGCCAUGGAGGACGACGACUCGAGUGGCGGCGCGAGGGACGAGUAUAUGGCUCACAAUCAGGUGGCGGAGAUCGAGGCCACCUACAUCCGCUGCCAUCAGACACUGGGCGAUAUUCUCCACAAGCUGGUCUACCAGCAGGAACACGGCUUCCUCACGGCCCUGGAAGUGGCCGUCAACACCAGUGUUCCGUACUGAGAUUGCAUCUUGUUUAAGGUAUUAUUAGAUAUGCGGAUCCUUGCUACGUAUGUAAAUAGUUUUCUAAUUAUUGCACUUGUUUUCGGUACUUUUCUAGGCAAUAAAUCAUUUUUGCAACAAAACAACUAAA